AUGUCUUGGGUUCAUUCAGCAAUAGCGACAACUGAUCGACGACCAUCUCGUAUACUUGAAAGUUGUAAACGAUUCUCUCGACGUUUAAGUACUGGCAUUACUCGAGCUGUUCGCCGUAUUCAAGUACCAGAUGCUCGAUUGGAUAGUAUUCUUUCAAAAAAUUUUCAACAUCCACGUUCAUUAGAUGAAAUUGUCAAAUGUACACGAUUUUCCAAAUCAGAAAUUCGUCUUUUAUAUCGAAGUUUUAAACAAGAUUGUCCAGGUGGAAAUGUAAGCGAAGAACGAUUACGUGAAAUUUAUUUACAACUUUUUCCUCAAGGAAAUUCUGUCAAAUAUGCUCAUUACCUUUUUUCGGUUAUUGAUCGAAAUCAUAGAGGAACUUUUACGUUCGAUGAUUAUAUAUUAACAUUAUCUGUUCUAUGUCGAGGAACAAUUGAUGAAAAAUUACGAUGGAUAUUUCGUUUAUAUGAUAUUAAUGGUGAUGGACAAUUAACACGAGAAAAUGUCACCGAAGUAAUUCUUUCACUUUAUGAUCUUCUUGGCACAGCAGCUCAACCUCGUGUUGAUGAACGAGAAAUUUUACAACAUGUUGAUAAGAUUUUCGAAAGUUUUGAUCCGAUGCAAACUGAAGAAAUAACAAUGGACGAUUUUAUCGACUACUGUAAACGGGUUAGUUUUAUGACAUAA